UUAAGGUAUGGUGUGAAUAUGCGCUGCCUGGCAGCCCGGGUCAACUACAAGACGCUCAUCGUCAUCUGCGCCCUCUUCACGCUCGUCACGGUGCUGCUCUGGAACAAAGGCUCCACGGAGAGCGCGGCGCCCCCCGGCCCCAAAUACGAGGAGAUUGACUGUCUGAUCAAUGACGAACACACCAUUAAAGGGAGGAGGGAAGGCAACGAGAUCUUCCUGCCGUUCAGCUGGGUAGAGAAAUACUUUGAGGUUUACGGGAGGAUUGCGCAGUACGAUGGUUAUGACAGGUUUGAAUUCUCUCAUAGCUACUCCAAAGUGUACACACAGAGAGCCCCUUACCACCCGGACGGGGUGUUCAUGUCCUUCGAGGGCUACAACGUCGAGGUCCGGGACAGGGUGAAGUGCAUCAGCGGCGUCGAAGGUGUUCCGCUAUCCACGCAGUGGGGACCUCAAGGCUAUUUCUACCCAAUCCAGAUUGCACAGUAUGGGUUAAGUCACUACAGUAAAAACCUGACCGAGAAGCCACCUCACAUCGAGGUGUACGAAACCGCCGAGGACAAGGACAAAAGCAGCAGGUCCGUGGACUGGACUGUGCCAAAAGGCUGUUCCCUUGCAACCGUGUAUGAUAAAUCCAAGUUCACUAGUGUUAAACAGUUUGUCGCUCCAGAAAAUACCGAUGGGGUAUCUCUGCAGCUUGGCAACACUAGAGAUUUUAUUAUUUCUUUCGAUCUCAAAUUCAUCACCAAUGGGAGCGUUUCCGUGGUCCUGGAGACGACCGAGAAGAACCAGCUCUUCACCGUGCACUACGUCUCCAACACGCAGCUCAUCGCCUUCAAGGACCGGGACGUCUACUACGGCAUCGGGCCCCGGACCUCGUGGAGCACGGUCACGCGGGACCUGGUGACCGACCUGCGCAAAGGCGUGGGCCUCUCCAACACGAAGGCCGUCAAGCAGACGAAGAUCAUGCCCAAGAGGGUGGUCCGCCUCGUGGCCAAGGGGAAGGGCCUCCUGGACAACGUCACCAUCUCGGCCAACGCGCACAUGGCGGCCUUCUUUCGCGGCAGCCCUGGCUGGGACGAGAAGGGCGGCUGGCCCAUCAUGGUGACGCGCAAGCUGGGGGAAGGCUUCAAGGCGCUCGAGCCCGGCUGGUACUCGGCCAUGGCGCAGGGCCAGGCCAUCUCCACGCUGGUGCGCGCCUACCUGCUCUCCUAGGAGCAGGCGUUCCUCGGCGCGGCGCUGCGCGCCACGGCGCCCUACAAGCUGCCCGCGGAGCAGCGCGGCGUCAAGGCCGUCUUCAUGGGCCGCCACGACUGGUACGAGGAGUACCCCACGGCGCCCAGCUCCUUCGUCCUCAACGGCUUCAUGUACUCCCUCAUCGGCCUCUACGACCUCAAGGAGACGGCGGGCGAGAAGCUGGGCAAGGAGGCCAGGCUGCUGUACGAGCGGGGCAUGGAGUCGCUGAAGGCCAUGCUGCCCCUCUACGACACCGGCUCGGGGACCAUCUACGACCUGCGGCACUUCAUGCUGGGCACGGCGCCCAACCUGGCGCGCUGGGACUACCACACGACCCACAUCAACCAGCUGCAGCUGCUCAGCACCAUCGACGACGCGCCCGUGUUCAAGGAGUUCGUCAAGAGGUGGAAGAGCUACCUGCGCGGCGGCCGGGCCAAGCACAACUAG